AUGACAUGGAAACCUCAAGUGAAGACAAUGCAAAACAAAAACAGUGAGGUUAUGGAGAGCAAGGCAAAUUCAAUCAAUUUCUAUCUCCUGAAUGACUGGCUGAACCUUUUUAAACUGACCCACUGCAGAUUGCUGACGAGCGAGUCUGGCUGGACCUUGAAGAGGCUGUAUGACAAUGAUGUGUCUGAGCUAGCAGAUUAUGCGGCUGGCAUUGCACGAAGUAGUAUCACAGAUCAGACACGAGAUGGACAUGCCAGAAUCAUUAAGGCUUAUAUUGUAUUCCACAAGCAGCGAAACACUGAAUGGGGCCCAACCACUGUCACAUGCCAAACACCUUAUGAUAUCUAUGCCUUCAUUACCCACAAAUGUGGUGAGAAAGACAAGGGAUACAAGGGCAAAAGGUUCUCCACUACCAUCUCCACUUGUGCAGCACUGAGUUACUGGUACUGGCACUGUCAGCCAAAUGAAAGUAUCACUGAGUGGCGCUGUGAUGAAAAUACUGGCAUCUGCCAUGGCCUCCCAACACAAGCUCAAGUUAUGUCUGAAUUCAUGAUUGGACUAGAAAAAAUGAAGGCACGGUCUGGUGAGGUCUCACAGUCUGCACAUGUACUCCUGCGUGAAGACAUGCACCAGCUCUAUGAUUACUAUAUGGAUAAUACUCACACACCAGAGGAGAGAAGGUGGGGGGUUCUGAUGCUCCUUCAAAUUAAGGAGGUAGUGACCCUUGAAUUCACAAGUGUCGAGAUCAUCCUAGGAGCAUACAUAGAGAUUCAGCUGAAGACUCGAAAGCCGGCAUAG